GGCUUGUUGUGUGUAGAUGGCUGCCCAGGUAUCCCUGGUUGGACAGGUUGAAUAGAAGGUCCAGGACAGAGCUGAUUGUACCCUGGUCAGAAUCACCAUCUUUGGGCCAGUGCUGGUAUCCUUGAGUCUUGACCCAGGGAAAAUGUUGAACGAGGCUGGUGUCAUCAUAGUCUCUCUUCUGAUGCUGACCAUAAUGCCCAAAGAGAAACUGCAUAUGGAGCCUGCUAAAUUAAAAGUCAUUUGUCCUGCCCAUCCCAUUGUGGCCAGGCUUGGGGAAGAUGUCAUCUUAUCUUGUCAUCUCUCCCCUGAGACAAAUGCAGAGGACUUGAAAGUGAAAUGGUUCCAGGCCCAGCUGUCUCCUUCUGUGCUCAUGGAUCAGGAUACGGCUGAUGAGAACAGAAAAACAAUAGCAAAGAACAAAAGGACCUUACUGGUGACACAUGCAAUCAACAAAGGGAGAGGAACCCUGAAAAUAUUCCAUGUUGAUACAUCAGAUAAUGGACAAUAUUGGUGUCAUUUUGAACAAAAUGGCAUCCAUUGGGAAGCCAGUUUGGAGCUAAAAGUAGCAGGUUUAGGUUCAACCCCUCAGAUCUACCUGAAGAGAAAUGAAGAUGGAAGAGUUCAGCUGGUGUGUACUUCAGAGGGAUGGUUCCCACAGCCACUGGUGUGGUGGAGGGAGGUUGGAGGAGAGAAUUUAUCUGCCCUCUCUGAGGUCCAGAUACAAAGCACAAAUGGUCUAUUCCAUGUGGAGGCAUCUGUGGUGGUCAGAAAUUACCUCCUGGAGGAUGUGAUCUGUUCCAUCUAUAACCCUUUGCUUGGCCAGGAGGUAUCUGCUUUCUACAGUCCAGAGUCACCACCACUGGGGAUGACCUCUUCCUGGAAGAUCCUACUCACCCUGGGGCUCUUCCUCUUCAUUGCAACUAUGGCUCUUACAUGGAGCAAGUACUAUAGAAAAGGUAAUUUGAUUUGGAAAAAAAAAGUUAAUGCAAGGAGAGCUGGGUGA